AUGACCCUUGCACGCAAGGAUCUAUUGGAUCAUGUAAUGGUGAAGCCAGAGUCGGCAGUGCUACGGGAAUUACCCGAGUGGAAAGUCGCCGCUAUGAAGGCUCUGGCUGUGCUGGUGAAGUUACUUUCACCCACCUAUCAGCGUAUGGUUGGGGAAUGUGAGACAGCCCUUGAAGCUUGGGAGGUAUUGCAGAUAUUCUUCGCGAAGAAGAACUUCCACAAUCGGGUGCAACUUCGGAAACAACUACAUGAAUUUGUGAUGGAAACUGGUACGAGUCUAAUGAACCACCUACUGAAGUUUGAUGAGCUUUGUUUGAAGCUCAGGGCUGCUGGUGACAGCAUGGAUGAUGAUGAGAAGCUAUUACUUCUCUUGGGAAGAUAA